AUGAUGCAACCUCAAAUCAAUUUCAUCAUUGAUCAGGAUGAAUCGGAAAAUACGAAACCAGCAGGGUACAAAUUUUGGUGUUGUCAAUGUACCAGAAAUGAAAUAAAUGAUGUUGCACGAAUCAAUAAUAAUUCAUCAUUAUCCAAUGGUAUUGUGGUUACCCAGCAACCACUUCCCAGCAAUCAAAGUAAUUGUGGCCACAAUAAUUUAAGCUUUUCCAAUUAUGCUUCUGAAAUCAAAAAUGGUUUCAGCGAGGAAAAGCACGAAUUAGACGAUGAUAGUGAAAUGAAAUUUAAAAUGAAAAGGUUGAAAGAAGAGAGUAUCAAUAUAACAAGUAUUGUACUGGAUAAUCUCAUCAGUGAAGCAAAAAAAAUAGAUCCAACUGAGGAAGAGCAAACAAAAACUGAACAAGCGCAAACGAAAAAAUUUUCCACUCAACAAAAUUUGACUGAAAAUGUUUGUAAUAUGGAUGAUAUUGUUUUCUCGGAUAUUGAUGGAGAAGAUCAAUGGAAAUCAAUGCCUGAAAGUGAACAAAUAACAAGGAUUGGUAGCGAUCAUCAUAAAGAGCAAAUUAUACAUGAUAACUGUGAUAAUGAUAUUACUAAUUAUGAUGAUAAUGGAGAAAUCAGAAAAAUAAGUGAUAUAUCAGAUGCUUUUAAUAUUUCUGAACAAACUUCAAAAAUAGAAUUAUUUGAAGAAAAUUCCAGCCAGAUUAAAAAUGCAAAAAUCAACUAA